AUGAUUAUCCUAUCUUCAUUUUUUAUUCUUCAAGGUGAAAAUAUAGCUGAUAAUGGUGGUUUGAAAUUAUCUUUUCUUGCUUAUCAAAAACAUAAACAACGUACACUAAAUAGUGGUAAUAAUCUUCGUUUACCCGGCUUACCAUAUAACAAUGAUCAAUUAUUUUAUAUUGCUUUUGCACAUAGUUGGUGUAAUCUUGAAACUACAAAUGCAAUGCAUUAUGAUUUAAUAAAUGAUCCGCAUUCACCAGCACGUUCGCGUAUAAUUGGUACAAUCGCAAACAGUCUUGAAUUUGCUCAAGUAUUUUCAUGUCAGUCAAAACAAACUAUGAAUCCGAGUAAUAAGUGUCAUUUGUGGUAG